CUUUCCAUCCAUCCAACCCGCUGUUUCUGUGGCACAGAUACUGACGUGUAUUUGUGCUCUGGGUGAUGACGUGUCCUGAGUGCGCUCCUCUUUGACCGGUGCUCGCUAACCGCUAGACUGGGACCAUCAUCAGAGGGGACACCAUGGCCAUUAAAUUCCUAGAAGUGAUCAAGCCAUUCUGUGCGGUUUUACCAGAGAUCCAGAAACCAGAGAGGAGGAUUCAGUUCAGAGAAAAAGUGUUAUGGACCGCAAUCACCCUGUUCAUCUUUCUGGUGUGCUGCCAGAUUCCCCUCUUUGGAAUUAUGUCUUCAGAUUCAGCCGAUCCCUUUUACUGGAUGAGAGUGAUCCUGGCAUCCAACAGAGGUACUCUGAUGGAGUUGGGUAUCUCUCCCAUUGUUACAUCUGGUCUAAUCAUGCAGCUGCUGGCUGGAGCAAAAAUCAUUGAGGUUGGAGACACACCUAAAGAUAGAGCGCUUUUCAACGGAGCUCAAAAACUUUUUGGUAUGAUCAUCACCAUUGGCCAGGCUAUUGUGUAUGUGAUGACUGGCAUGUAUGGAGACCCUUCAGAGAUGGGUGCUGGAAUCUGCCUCCUCAUCAUCAUCCAGUUGUUUGUAGCCGGUAUGAUCGUGUUGCUGCUGGAUGAGUUGCUUCAGAAGGGUUACGGAUUGGGCUCUGGUAUCUCUCUCUUCAUCGCCACCAACAUCUGUGAGACAAUCGUAUGGAAGGCGUUCAGCCCAACCACAGUCAACACAGGAAGAGGUACUGAGUUUGAGGGAGCCAUUAUUGCUCUGUUCCACCUGUUGGCAACUCGUACCGAUAAAGUGCGAGCACUGAGAGAGGCCUUCUACAGACAGAACCUGCCCAAUCUCAUGAACCUCAUCUCUACAAUCUUUGUCUUUGCGGUGGUCAUAUACUUUCAGGGCUUCAGAGUCGACCUGCCUAUCAAAUCUGCACGUUACCGUGGCCAGUACAACACAUAUCCCAUCAAACUGUUCUACACCUCCAACAUUCCCAUCAUCCUGCAGUCUGCACUGGUGUCCAACCUUUACGUCAUCUCUCAAAUGCUCUCCACUCGCUUCAGUGGGAACUUCUUGGUCAACCUGCUGGGGACCUGGUCGGAUAGCUCAAGUGGAGGACCAGCUCGUGCUUAUCCAGUAGGUGGUCUGUGUUACUACCUCUCUCCCCCAGAGUCUUUCAGCACAUUACUGGAGGAUCCAGUCCAUGCCAUCAUUUACAUCAUCUUCAUGCUGGGAUCCUGUGCCUUCUUUUCUAAGACCUGGAUCGAAGUGUCUGGAUCCUCUGCCAAAGAUGUCGCCAAACAGCUGAAAGAACAGCAGAUGGUCAUGAGGGGACACAGAGAAACUUCUAUGGUCCAUGAACUCAACAGGUACAUCCCCACAGCUGCAGCUUUCGGAGGCCUGUGUAUAGGUGGCCUCUCGGUCAUGGCCGACUUCCUGGGAGCCAUCGGCUCAGGAACUGGAAUCUUGUUGGCCGUCACUAUCAUCUACCAGUACUUUGAGAUCUUUGUGAAAGAACAGAGUGAAAUGGGCAGUAUGGGUGCUCUCCUCUUUUAGUACGGCCCUCUGUAACCACAUCAAACUGACUGAAUUAUAAGGUUAAGUUCUUUUGUAGGAUUCUUUUUUUUUUUUUACGCACAGAUUCAUUGUUCUACAUAAAGGUUGCAGAGUGAAUAGAAUUCUGUUCUCUUGGGGAAAAUAUGGCAGCUUGAUAUCUCAGUAUUAAGCAUGGGAAUGUAACCAUUGUUCAUUUUCACACUUUUCACCAAGACAGUAUCUAUAUAUGGGUGUUUCUGAUUCUAUGUAAUUCCAUUUAGUAAUGCAUAAUAGAAGUAACAUGUCCAAACUUGAUCACCCUUUGACACGCCCUGAACUAAAUGUGUCUCGGUAUGUUUGUGAUCAGGUGAGUGGAAUGUUCUAUCAUGGCAAUCGUUGAUUUGGUGUAAAUAAAAAGAUUUUUGCAGUGUAUGUGUGGGUAUGUGCACAUCUGCCUAUUGCGUUUUGUGUUGACUGAGUGUGUGCGAUAAUAUGGAAUUGAUUGUUAAAUUUGCCGAUUUGUUAUAAAUUUUGCCAACAUACUUUGUUAUAUUUAUGUUUAUUUUCUUCCUGUAUUUACAAGCUGUUAUUAAACAUUUCUAUGUACUUCAGCCACACUACUUAAUUCUAACAUUGACCCUUUUAGAUCUAAUUAGCUGUGGUUUCUCUUAGUGGACCAAAUGCUACAGAAACUGCCUGUAAAUGAAUAUGCCAGUAUGAUAUGGUAUGAGAGUAUGUGGUUUGUGAAAAGAAUGUUUCAUGUGUUGUUUUCAUAUACAGGCCACAGUAUUAAAAUGUGUUGCGAAUA